AUGGGGCUGACUAAUUGGCUUCUUUUAAACUUGAAUUCUCUGAAUUUUGCCUUAUAUCCUUGUUGGAAAUCUCUGUCUGCUGUUGUUACUUGUAACCUUUGGAAGAAUAGGAAUUGUGUUAUAUUUCAAAAUUCUCCUUUGAACAAUGAUGGUUUGCUGAAUAAAAUUAUGUUUGAGCUUGAGUAUUUGCUUUCUUAUGGCAGGGAUACUGGUGCUGUUCAUGGCUGUAGGCUGCAGCCUCAGGAUCAAAUCAAUUGGCAACCUCCCCCUGAGAAGCAGUUCAAGCUUAAUAGUGAUGGCUCUGUCUUUCAAUCUUUGGGAAAAGCUAGUUGUGGGGGCCUUAUUCGAAAUCACAAAGGCAAUUUCAUAACUGGUUUUUAUAAGUCCCUUCAUUUUUGUACUCCCCUUGAGGCUGAACUUUGGGGUCUUGUUUGGGGCCUUAAGCUGGCUGUUUCAAAUCAUAUUCAUGUUCUUUGGAUUGAUUGUGAUUGUAAGGAUGCCCUGCAUUUAGUUGUUAAUGUUCAGAAUAGUGAUCAUCAUUUGUAUUCUGUUAUCAAGGAAAUUAGGGACCUUCUUAGAAAUAUUCGUUUUGUUAGAUUUAAUCAUGUUCUUAGGGAAACUAACCAAUGUGCUGAUUGGAUGGCUAAAUUAGGAGAUGAAGUUGGGUUGUCUUUUCUAUUGUUUUGA